ACUAGAUGGGAAAUACCGCGAGACUUGAGUUUGAAAACUGGCGGUUGAAUGAUUAUUGGAGCUUUUUCAGAAGAGGAGAAGCAGCGUAAAAAGAGCAUCGAGAUGACCGCUGAUUCUAAACUGGAGAUCCGUGAAACUUUCCAGCGCGCUCAGAAAGCGCUCAACAACAAGGCCAAGCUGGUGGCCAGUCUGAAGAACAUGUAUGUUAAGUUACAGGAUAAGGCAGAGUUCCACGAGGAGUUUCUGCGCUGCCUAAAAUUCGCGAUGAUCGUGUACACCCGAGAGCCGGCGGUGGAAAGCGUCAUCGACUUUGUGGUGAAGUUUGCCACUAGCUUCGAAACGCCCGUCAGCGAGGAGGAGGCGGAGGAGGAGGAAGAAGAGGAGGAGGAUACAUUUUUGAACUUCCUGUUCAACUUUCUGUUGGAGUGUCAUGGCGUGAGCAGCCACGCGGUGCGGUUCCGGGUGUGUCAGCUGGUGAACAAGCUGCUGGGCAGCCUGAGCGAGGAUGCGCAGAUCGACGACGGGCUCUGCGAUCGGAUCCACGAGGCCAUGUUGGUCCGUAUCACGGAUAAAUACCCCAACGUCAGGAUACAGGCCGCGCUUGCCAUGGCUCGCCUGCAGGACCCAGAGAACCCUGAGUGUCCUACAGUCAAAGCCUACAUGUUGCUUUUGGAGAACGAUUCGAACCCUGAGGUGAGGAGAGCCGUCCUGUCCUGCAUCGCACCCUCCGCCCUCACACUCCCCAAAAUCUACAGACGUACUCGAGAUGUUAAAGAGAAAGUUCGCAAACUGGCCUAUUUGGUGCUUGCUGAGAAAGUGCAUAUCCGAGCUUUGACCAUCGCUCAGAGAGUCAGCCUGCUGCAGCAAGGACUGAACGACUCUGCAGCCUCAGUGAAGGAGGUAGUGACGCAGACACUCCUUCCAUCCUGGCUCCGCCUCCUCCAGGGAGACGUGCUGCAGUUACUACACAGACUGGACGUCGAGAACUGCGCAGACACCGCAGUGUCUGCCCUGCACGCCCACUUCUCUAUGGCAACGACCCCCGAUGAUCUUCUGAAUGCGGCUAAACUGGACGACAGAAAGUUGAUCCCGUUAGACGCCCUGACAUGCGAGAACGUGCUGUACUGGCGUGCUCUGUGCGAGUUUGUGAAGAGUAAAGGAGACGAGGGGGAGGAGCUUCUGGACAAACUCUUACCCGAACCUGCUCUGUUCGCCGAGUACCUGUACAGUUAUAUGAAGACCCUUCCAGCCAUGUGUGAAGAUGACCGAGCUGAUCUGGCUCAGCUGGAGUCUGUGAUGAUGAAGGAGUUCAUCACGCAGCAGCUCAUCCAGCUAGUGGACUGCUUGGACACUGCAGAGGAGGGAGGAAGAAAACGCGUGCUCGCAGUCCUGAAGGAGAUGCUGGUGCUGUCAAACACGCCCCUCUCUCUGAUCAGUCAGCUGGUGCAGAGACUGCUGGGGAUUAUCCACGACGAUCAGCAGCGCAUCGCAACGGUAGCCGAGAUCAUAUCUGACGUGAGGGAGCCGAUCCUGGCCGACACGCAAACCGAGGACGAGAACGAGAAACGCAAAAGACAAGUCCGACUGGCCGAGGUGAAGGUGUGUAUAAUGGAGUGUAAGGAGCAGCUGGAAGAGUGUAUCAGUGCUCAGGAUUUCAGCCGCGCUGCCGAGCUGAAGAAUUCCAUCACCGAGCUAGAGGAGCUGAAGAACCAGUUAGCACAGGAGAACACACACACCGAACCUGCUAAAGAGCAGCACGCAGAGAAGUUCUUGGUUUCAGGUCUAGAACUCUCCAAUAUUUCAUCUCUAAACUUUAUCAAGAAUGACCCCGAGACGUUGCUGAAGUGUCUGACGAUGUGUGCUGAAGCCCUGAAACAGAUGAGCAUCAACCGAGGAAUCUGUCCCACCAUCAGCGGUCUCCUAGAGUCGCUGGUGUUGCCGUGUGUGUCAAACUCCAACACCGCAGUGAGGAACAUGGCUGUAGUGUGUUUGGGCACUGCAGCGCUCCACAGUAAAGACCUCGCCAAGACACACCUGGUGCUUCUGCUGCAGAUCACCCAGCUAGACGAGCCUAAGAUCAGGAUCAGCGCUCUGAGAGCUGUGAUCGAUCAGCUGCUCUUGAACGGCCUGGACAUCCUGCGCGAUAGCGCCGCCUCCCAGCAAACGCAAACCUCUGAUUGGCCGGAUGCCAGUGACGGACAAGCAGACCGUCCGGUUGAAGAGAACGAUAAUCCUAUACAGAGUAUUCUGAAGCUGCUGGCUGAGUUCUUGGACAGUGAGAUCUGCGAGCUGCGCACGGAGACGGUAGAGUGUGUGUGUAAGCUGCUGUACUGCGGCAGGAUGGUGAGCGUGAAGCUGCUCACUCGCCUCAUUCUGCUCUGGUACAACCCGCUGACCGAAGAGGACCAGAGACUGAGACACUGCAUUGGAGUGUUCCUGCAGCUCUACACACACUCACACAGGACUCAUCAGGAGUGCGUAGAGGAAAGCUUCGUUCCCACCAUGCGGACGUUAUUCCAUGCCCCGGCCACAUCUCCGCUGUCCGAGGUCGACACCAACAACGUCGCCGAGCUCUUCGUAGAGCUGACACGCUCCAGUGCUCCGACUCCGGGAGCGAGCGUGCACGACUCUCUGGCCGUGCGAGUGUGUAACGAGAUUCUACGAGACACUUCCGCUCCCGAGGUGCGCCUGUACUGCAAAACCCUCAGCACUUUGGAGAUCAGCGCUGAUCCGGGACCCGCUAACAGCGAACUGCAGCAGCUCCUCGCCUCCAUCCUGCAGGAGGUAAAGGAUAAGCAAUGCGUGAAAGCCUUGGAGAAAGUGCUUGCUCGUCUUAAAGGGGAGCAGUGUGUUCGAGCUGCACACACUCAGGACGUGGCGCUGAACGCUGUGGAUGGAAACGCCAGCGAACUGGUGGAUGGAGAUGACUGCAAGCCUAAACGACCCAGAAGAGGUCAGAAGAAAGCCACGACGGCCCGGAGUGUUAAAAAACAAUCUAAAGUGAAGGAGUCUUCUGAUGAGAGCGACGAGGAGAACGUUCCCGAAGCCACAGAAGCUCCAUCAGCACGUCCGAGUCGGCGCGCUAAAAUGGCAGCUCUGGAUAAAACCAGGCAGGACCUGACGGCGCUGAUGAAUCACGAAGCCAGUGCGUAGGUCAGGGUUAGUCUAAACAUCUCCAAACACACCCAAUCUCAACGUGUCUCUGUAUGUUACGCUUAGGAGACAAUGAAGUUGAACCACCGAGGUGUUCAGUCUACACUCUUCAGCGUGUGUGUGUGUGUGUGUGUGUGUGUGUGUGUGUAUAUGUAUAUGUUUCAUGAGCGAUAUUACCUCCAUAUAAGGCGUUAUCACUCACGAAUAUUCAUCACUUAUUAUGACAUUGAUAGGAGUCUGCUAAUAAGGCUUACUUGCUGUGUGCGUUUAUAAAUAUAUAUUUUUUUCCCAACCUGCACUGCUGUACAAUGUUCACUCCUCUCUAUUAUUAAUCAUCCCUGCAGUCUCCUCUGUUCUCCGUGUUAGAGUUUUGACCUUUACAGAGGGAGAGGAAAAGAGAGAGACGGAGAGAGAGCACCGUUGAAGUGCUUGUUAUAACAUCAGCAAAACUCGCUCGACUUGCAAACCCGAGCAAAUUAUUCUUUUAUAACGUUUUAUUUCUCAAGUGUUUCAUUUUCAAACCCCAAUAAAUAAUUUUCUGUCAUUCCCUGCAUUGUUUUUUUUUUUUUUUUUUUUAAAUGGAAAAAAAAAAACCCAGACUUUUUUUUUUUCUUUUUUCCCCUUAUUUUAAAGGAAGCACCUUUAUUGGUCUAGUGACAGGACAUUCUGUUACAUGUUUAAAUCACAUUAGAAAAGAUAAAGUGUAUAUUUAUAUCUCUGUACAGUGUUUAGCACCUUGUGGAUACUUACUUUGAACUCUCUCUCAACCAACUGUAACCAACACUCCCCCUCAAAAAAAAAAACCUCCCCAAAACAACAACACAAAAACGACAAAACUGCAAAAUGAUUCAUUUUACGAGAACACCGACACGACCGUUACAGCUACGAAAAAAGGAGAUCAAACCCCUGGUUUAAUUAACGCUUACAGUUUGACGUAAAAAAAAAACCCGUCUAAUCACGGAAACACAUUCAGACGUUUUUAAAGGAGUUUAACACACGCUAGUGCACUAAGAGGAUGGAUGGGGUGAGAUAUACUAGUGCAGUUCACUUCAUCAAGAUCAAAACAAAGGUAUGCCUUCGUUUUAAAUAACGAGCUCGGAUACGGAUUUACACGGUAAGUUGUUAAAUAUAUAAGGGAGAACCACUGAGACAAGAAUUUUCCCUUGUAUGUAGAAACGAUUGUGGUAUUAGUGGUGUAGUUACGAGGGUCUGAUGGUGCACGGGCGGUUACAAAAGCGCAAACAACCAGAACUAAUCUUGUACCGUGUCGCACCAGAGUCGGAAAUUUGUAGGAACUGUACGCAAGAACGUAGUCGUGGCGUCACGUUCUCACGCCUGCCUUGUGCUCACACUUUAUUCUUAGAACGUAAAGGUUAAAACACGGACGAAAUAUUCAACGUUCAUUAACGUUUUCUCGCCGCGGGGAAAUUCUUGUCUUGUGGAAAUCACAAACGAUACAGGGGAGUCGUGAAACCUUGGUGUAGAACUUUAAACAUGAACGCAUGGUUAUAAUGCUGAAAGAACUGAGAACUUGAAUACAUUAAAAUAAAAAAUAAAAAAAGCUUAAAAAUGGGAUGGAAAGGUUGGACCAAAUAGGUUUAGGUUAGUCGCUCAUGUCGUGAUUUAGGCCGGAAUCAUGGGACAUCGGAUUCGUUUUGUAAAAACGAAGUGUUCCCUAUGGG